CACCAUAGCCAAAUACAUUGUCAAGACAAACCAGUCAACCAAAACAAGAAAAAACCCUUUCUACAAAGCACAAAAAUAAUAUUAAACACAAAAACCCCAAACAAGAGAUUAGAUCAAUCUCUCCGACCACCACCGACUCUUAUUCUCCGCCGUCCUCCGCCGCCGAUGGAGUUUUCCCCUUUAAAUCGUUUACCUCAAGAUACCCUUCACCAGAUCUUCUCCCAUUUAACCCUCCGUGAAAUCAUCGUCUCCAAAUGCGUCUGCAAAUGUCUCAACUCCACUCUCUCUUCUCAGGCCUUCCUCCACCUCAUCUCCACCCUCCAACCUCCCCUCUCCCUCCUCGCCCUCCGCCCCUCCCACCGUACCCACAGCCACAGUCAUAAUAAUCAAUCUCCUCAUUGUGCACUCCAUGUGUUCGACACAGUGCUUAACUACUGGUUUCGGUUCCCACUUUCUUUCCUUCCCUUUAGAUCUCACUACCCCAUCACUUCCUCUCACGGCCUCCUCUAUCUCUGGGCUGAGGGCCCCACUAGUGCGGGACCCAUACCCGCAAUUUCACCUCCUCCUCCUCCUCCUCCUCCUCCCAGUAACAAUAGCAAAACCCUAAUCGUUUGUAACCCUUUAACUCGUCAAUUCAAGCUGCUUCCUCAAUUGGGUUCAGCUUGGUGUAAACACGGGUCGGUUCUUGUCGGGUCACCCAAUCAAGUUCUGGUUUUGACUGAGUUAGCUGCUAUUUACUUCUCUGGCUCAACAACUUCCAAUAAUUGGCUCAAGUUUUCAUCGAAUUUACCGUCAAAACCUAGGAGUCCAAUCUUGAUUUCUGAUACCAUUUUAGCCCUUUGUGAUGUUGGUUCCCCGUGGCGGUCCCAAUGGAAGCUGUUUAGGUCAACAGUUAAAGAUUUGCAAUUUAGUCAACAAUGGACUAGGUUAGAAAAGCAUGAGUGGGGUGAUAUUUUUGACAUAUUGAAACGCCCCAGAUUGCUUGCUGGUAGAAAUGAUAAGGUGUUGAUGAUUGGUGGUCUAAAAUCGUCCUAUUCGUUGCACAGCACAUGCUCGACCAUUUUGAUACUUAGAUUGGAUUUGGACUCUUUAGAAUGGGAAGAAGCUGGGCGAAUGCCGCCUGAGAUGUUUAGGUAUUUUCAAGAUUCGAGUAAGUUCAAGGUGUUUGGUGGAGGGAGUAAAGUUUGUUUUUCGGGCAAGAGGGUGGGAAGAUUGGCGCUUUGGGAGGAAAAUGAGUGCGGGAAAGGGGAAUGGCGGUGGAUUAGUGGCGUUCCGGGGAAUAGUGAUGGACUUUAUCGGGGAUUCGUCUUUGAGGCUCAGUUGAAUGCAGUGCCUUAAAGGUGGAGUUAGAGGAGGAAGUCCAUUUGCUUCAAUGGUAACUUUUCUGAUUUGGGAAUUCUAACAAUGUUGAAGCUAAAUGUUUAGUUUUUCUUUUGAUUGCCAUGCUAAGCAGGAUGGAGGCAGUGGUCUCCUAGAUCACUUGGCCCGUCAGAAAGAUAAUGUUAUUGUACUUGUUUUUUGAGGUAAAUCUGAAUAGCAAUUCGAUAUUCAGACGAAGUGGUUGGCUUGUUUGUUAUAUGAUAUCUGACUAUUCGUGUAUGCAAGGAUUCCCUUUUCAUGUAUUCGGAAUGUAUUUGUCUUUACAGAGCUUUGUCGUUUCAUAUGAGGCAUAACAGUCCUUUGUUUCAUCUGUAAGUUAGCUAUAUUUGCUAUGAAAUUGAAGAAUAAUGGCUGACUUCCUUGCUUGAUUUGCAUAGCA